AUGGGUAAUAAAAAUGGUACAUAUGAAUCAUUACUGGAAGAAACUAAACAAAUACUUAUGCAAAAAACUGGCAUGUCACAACAUGAUUUAGAAUUAUGGUACAAAGCAAUAUUAGAUCGAUCAACUAAAGGGAAAUUAUCUAAAGAACAAAUGAUUUCAAUUUAUAAAGAUAUGAGCGAUCUUGAUUCAACACGUAUUAAUGAUGUUGUUGAUUCAUUAGCAAAGAUUUUUGAUGAAGAUCAUAGUGGUACUGUUGAUAUCAAUGAAUUCAUGCGAGGUUUUAUAUUGACAACAAAAGGUGAUUUACAGUCAAAAAUAGAAUAUACAUUUCGAAUUUAUGACAAAAAUGGAGAUAAUCAAAUAUCUGGUGACGAAAUAAAACAAAUGGCAAAUGCUAUUUUACGAAUACUAGGGGGUGAUGACAAAAAUGAUGAUGCAUCACAUGCUAUUGUUCAACAAUUUCUUGGACAAUUUACAGGUGGUGAACAAGGAAUUAUUUAUAAGCAUGAUUUUAUUAAGACUGUUAUGGAAAAUCGAGAACUGUUAGCAAUAAUUUCACCAUUUUACGGUAUCGGUGAUUAG